AUGAAGAAGGAGUGUACCUACACCGCGAAGGUGGUUCGAACUCCUCUAACCCGGGCCCAUUUAGCCAAUGUUGAGAAGCGCUUGGGUCAGUUCGAAACAGCCUUGCAACGACUAUUUCCUACCGGCGAUGUGGAGUACAUUGUCCGCUCUCUAGUUCACGAUUCCAGCGAGGAUGGCACCGUACUGUCCGCCGAUCUACUACCCUUCUCAAUGCCCGUCGACAACCCACCGCUGGCGCAGGGAUUCCCCAACCCCACACUGGAUCCUAGCGGCGUCCCAUCCUUAGGACUGCCAUGGGGAAAUAUUCCAGGAGCUGACACGGGCCAUUACGCAGUCUUCAUUGAUGCCUACUUUGCCAGUUAUCAUCCCGUUUACCCUUUUAUCCAUGAGGCAUCUUUCAGGGCGGAAGCUCAAUCUCAACCAUCUACGGCCCAUGGCCUGGAGUGGCACAUCCUGUGGAACGCAGUUCUGGCCACAGGUGCUUGGUGCCAUAGUGAUGUGCAACCAGGAAUUGACCACGAGUUUUACAAUCAGGCCGUCGAACUCCUCCAGGGCGUAUCUUUGCUGGAUCUGGGAAGCCGGAUGCUCCUGCAGUCCUUGCUCCUCUUGCAUGAUUUUGCCCAGAGAUCUGGCAUGCAAGAGAAGAGCCUUCAGUAUCUUACUAUUGCGGCUCACAUGGCGAUGAAUCUUGGGUACCAUCGCGACUUUCCUGAUGACACAUUGAGCUUACUGGAGAAAGAAUGCAGGAGACGGGUGUGGUGGACUUUGUAUAUUUUUGAUAGUUGCGUCGCCAAGAGCUUUGGUUUGCCCCUCCUGCUACCAGAAAGCAGCUUCAUCAAGACUCAGGCGGUCCUGAACAUACCAGACGAGGUAAUAGCUUCUCACACAUCCGCCUCUCCUGAAUUGCUCCAGCUGAUAAUUCAGAAGUCCCUCAAUCCCGAAACAACUGUGCCGCCGACGGAGGUAGACGGUCCCACCCUGUAUACCGGACUCAUCGCGCAAGCGCGGUUCCAUCAGAUGGCGAAUUCUAUCUAUCGUAUUCUACUCGCCUACCCGAGUGUGCCGCUUCACGAAGUUUGCAGGCUUGAAACCCAGAUCAAUGUGUGGCGCGACACUUGCCCAUCCUACCUACAUGAUCCCAGCCUCUCCACCAAAUCCCCAUUCCUGCGGUUCGCCGGGGAUCGGCUGCGGAUUUGCGACAAGAACCUCAGGAUUCUGCUCUGGCGACCGUAUCUGAUGGCAUGGACGACGGAUGGUGGAAACGAUGAGCAUCGGGUCGCGGCGUUGCGGUGCGUUGAGACUGCUCGGGAAAGUAUGCAGCUAGUUCUGGGGUGUAUGCAGAAUCGGUCGUAUCCUCGUGUGGCUGCGUCGUUUCUUCUUUACUGUCUCUUCCAUGUCAGCCUGAUAUACUGUGUCUUCUUGAGAUCGAGCGCCUCAUACCCCUACAGAGCAUCCCUUCUUCAGGAUAUCCAGACCAUGCAGGACACUCUCUUGCAUAGCUGGCCCAGCAAUGAUGCGCAGGCCUGCCACUUUCUCCGCGUCAUCAAUCGUUUAUGCACCUUCGAGUCCCCAUCAUCGGCAUCUCCGCAAGAUAACAACACGCUUCCAUCUUUAGAGAGUGUGUGA